AUGAUGAUUCCUAACCAUUCCUUGAUGGGCCCUUUCAGAGGACAUAUGAGUAUUAAAAGCAGUCCCUUUUCUCCAAGUUCUUCCUGCAAGCUCUCAAGCCAGUACAUUGUUCAAGAUCACAUGGCUGUGCAUUACAAAAAACUGUUCGCCGCCAAAGCUGCUGUUGAUUCAUCUGCUCCAAAGAGUUUGAACACAAGCAUUAAAUACAGAGACCAACAGAAAAGAGAGAAGCUUAUCAAAGCUGUUGAAAAAUUCAAGAAAGAAGUAGCAUUGAUCCAUUCUACAUCACCAUGUCAUUCUAGAGGUGUUUCCGCUAAGAAUCACAAUCAGUUACCAAAUCACCUGAAUUUGAUUUCAAGAGCAAGAUCACCUCCUUUGAGAAAAGAGGAAGAGAAAGAUAUUCAAGGUCCAGUCUUAUCUCGUAGGUACAGAAAUGCACUCCAGCCAUGUGCAUUAUCUCUUUCCCUGUCUCCUGGGAAAUUAUGUCAGAGCCCUAAGAAGAAAUCUACUAGUGGAGAUCUACUGGACACACACGCUGAUUGGUUUACGGAAGCAAAGCAGCCUUUUACCCCAAAGCUCUUAAAAACAGCAAGUAAAUCGUUUCUUUCAAAAUAUAGAUAUUAUAACCAUCCGUGCAGGAAGAAAAACCUUUCUCUUCAUACAAAGUCACACAGAAGAUCAAGAAAUGUUUACAGGUCUAUGGAUAACGAGUGCCUAAGAGCUUAUAUGGAUGACCCUCCAUGCCAUCCACACAAGAAACAUUCUGGGAAUUCAACUGCUAUUCAAAUACUUCUUCAUGCAAAAAAUGAAGAGUUGAAGUACCUGCAGUUGCUUCAAGAAGUUACGAAUUAUAUUUUGCUUAGAAGUUAUUAUUGGAAGAAAUCAUUAGGUGAUAUUAUUCGGAUGCAUAUUAUCAACAAGUGUGACCUUGAUGAGGUAAAAAUACAAAGAAUUUUUCAAGCCCUGGAGGAAGAUUUGAACAUUUACACUCAUCUGCCUGAUUCAUCUGAGUUACACUGCCUUGAAACAUUGGAAUAGUGGCUUUAAUAUAAAUUAUAUAUAAGCCCUAUC